AUGAAAUAUGCAAUUCCUACGCAGAAUGCAUGCAAAUGGUCUUCGAUGACAUUCUCGACAUACAGGCAGUCUGUAUAUUCCUCUCCCAACAGAUGGUACCACGCAUCUCCAUGCAGAGCCAGACCAAUUCUCGAACCGCGAUUAGAGGAUCAUGGCAGAGUGAUCUACGAUGAGUACUCGAUUGUCCGUGAUACAUAUGCUGCACCAAAAUACCCUAUCGUUCUCGCCCAUGGCUUGCUCGGGUUUGAUGAACUACACCUAGCUGGCCGGUAUCUUCCUGGUGUUCAGUAUUGGCGUGGGAUCAAAGAGGCACUCACAGCGCGUGGUGUUGAGGUUAUCACGGCUACUGUGCCUCCGUCAGGCUCCAUUGAGGAGCGGGCAGCAGAAUUAGCGCGAGAUAUCGAGGCCGGAGCUCGAGGGAAAGAUGUUAAUAUUAUUGCCGGUCUUGAUUCGCGGUACAUGAUCAGCCAUAUUCGACCAGAGAAGUUCAAAGUCUUGUCACUUACCACCAUCGCAUCUCCACAUCAAGGUUCAUCUGUGGCGGACUAUAUAUUUGAUCAAAUUGGAACCGAUUUGCUGCCCCAGAUUUACUAUGCUCUUAACCGCCUCAAUGUGGAGACAGGGGCCUUCGAGCAACUGACACGAAAAUAUAUGACGGAGACCUUCAACCCUAAUACCCCAGAUGUCGAAGAUGUCAGAUAUUUCUCUUAUGGGGCAGCGAUGGAGCCAAGUAUUUGGUCCGCCUUUCGGCUCUCACACCGAGUGCUUGCGGAGAUCGAAGGGCCCAAUGAUGGUUUAGUUAGCGUGGCUAGCAGCCGUUGGGGAGGCGAUGCAGGGUACAAAGGAACCCUUAUGGGCGUCAGUCAUCUGGACCUGAUCAACUGGACCAACCGGCUCAAGUGGCUAGCCGGAAGGGUAACAGGCAACAAACGAAAGUUUAAUGCCAUCGCGUUUUACUUGGAUAUUGCUGACAUGUUGGCGAAGGAGGGACUAUGA